CCCCUUCCCCACGCUUUCUUCUUUAUCUCCCAUCACUCCAUCUCACUGAACUACCCCCACCUGCCCCCCUCCCCAGAUCUCCGACCUCCCAUCUCUCUUCUUCUCAACCCGAAAACCCCCGCGGAAAAAGAAGGGAAGGAAGAAAGAGAGGUGCCAAUGCCUAGCGUUGGCGUGAAGCUUUACAGUGUCUUCUUUAAACUACUCCUCCGCCACCGCCUCCAGUCCCGGAUCCAGAACCCUUCUUUCGAUCCCUUCGGCGUCACUUCCCGGCCCGAGGAGUCCACCGCCCCCGUCAACCCCUCCUUCGCCGACGACAAGGUCGCCACCAAAGACAUCCACAUCGACCCCCUCACCUCCCUCUCCGUCCGCAUCUUCCUCCCCGAUCCCUCCCCCUUUCCUCCCAUCCGCCGCAACAGCCUCCCCUCCCCCUGCCCCUCGCCCUCGCCCUCGCCCGCGGCAGCCGCCCCCCACCCCCCUCCCCGCCGCAACAGCUAUGACGGCGGCGCCCCCUACGGCGGCUACCUCCCCUCCGUUGGCCCAUCCGCCCGCCGCCCUGCGGCCGCGCGGCGGCUGCCGGUCGUGAUCCAGUUCCACGGCGGCGCGUUCGUCGCCGGAAGCAAUGCCUCCGCUGCCAAUGACUUCUUCUGCCGGCGGAUCGCCAGGCAUUGCGAGGCGAUUGUGAUUGCCGUAGGGUACAGGCUGGCGCCCGAGAGCCGGUACCCGGCCGCGUUUGAGGAUGGGCUGAAGGUGCUUAACUGGCUGGGGAAGCAGGCGAAUCUGGCGGAGUGUAGUAAGUCGAUGGGGAGUGCGAAGUCUGGUGGUGGGGCUGCGGCGGAAGUCAGGCGGUCGGAUGUGCAGCGGCAUAUUGUGGAUACUUUUGGGGCGUCCAUGGUGGAGCCGUGGCUGGCGGCUCAUGCUGAUCCCUCCAGGUGUGUUCUGCUUGGUGUUAGCUGUGGUGCAAACAUUGCAGAUUUUGUGGCCCGGAAGGCAGUUGAAGCUGGGAAGCUGUUAGAUCCUGUAAAGGUGGUCGCACAGGUCCUAAUGUACCCAUUCUUCAUUGGAAAGGUCCCAACCCACUCGGAAUUAAAACUAGCCAACUCCUACUUCUAUGACAAAUCCAUGUGCUUGCUUGCUUGGAAGCUGUUCUUACCAGAGGAUGAAUUCAGCCUAGACCAUCCGGCUGCAAAUCCCCUCAUACCUGGAAGGGGGCCUCCGCUAAAAUGCAUGCCCCCAACCUUGACAGUGGUUGCAGAGCAUGACUGGAUGAAGGAUCGAGCAAUUGCAUAUUCUGAGGAGCUCCGUAAGGUCAAUGUUGAUGCUCCCCUCCUCGAGUACAAGGAUGCAGUGCAUGAGUUUGCCACACUCGAUGUACUUCUCAAGACACCACAAGCGCAAGCGUGUGCUGAAGACAUCGCAAUCUGGGUCAAGAAGUAUAUAUCCACUCGUGGCCAUGAGUUCUCUUAUUAGACAUGGAGGGAUAGUCUGCAGUUGUAUGAUUUAUCAGCAUUUGGAAUCUGGAAGAAGAGCUGGUGCUUCUGCUACAUUGCCGAUCCCAAUUUGACAGGGAAGGCAUGGGUAAGGAUGAUGAUAAUGAUGACAAUGACAACGACGGCAACGACAAUGAUGAUCUAUAUACAGGCAUAGCAGCAAUUCAUCAAUUAGCUGUAAUCUAAAGUCUUUUUGGUGCUCAUCCUAAUCAGGUUGCUUGGGUGUAUAUCGUGUCGUUUAUUCAUAAUGUCUAGUGGAUGUUAUACUUUUCAGAAAGAGUAGAUUCAAUUAAAUCUGAUUUAACUUUCAUC